UCUCAGGAAUCCUUCACUCUGUCAACAUGUUGUCGUCUGUGUUGCUGCUGCUGCUCAUCAGCGGAGCUCAAGCUUCUUACUAUGGCGUCGUCUUUAGCUACUCUGUUGGAGACCUUCAGCCAGAUGGAUACCCAGAAUCCAAUAACUUUAAGGUGAGCUUCAGCUCUUGUGAAGAGUUUAACUCUUGGUUAUGUGGUGGAGAAUGUAGCGAGUUCCCAGUUUAUCCAGUUGAUGAAAGACGAAGUGAUUGGUGUCAGACAUCCUACAUUCAGACUCUUCCAGUCUCAUUCCUGUCUGCGUUAGAUUAUCCGUUUGAUGCUACAAACUGGACAGAAAACAGAAAUGGGAUUGAACUGUCGGCAGCUACAUUGCUCUUUGAAAUAAGAAACCGUUCUGACAUCAACAAACCAAACUCAUCACCCCAAACCACCAUCAUCCCUCUGCUGAGAGUUCCUUCAAACUGUCAGAGAAACAUCGACCUGCUGGUCUCAGACCCAGAUGGAGACGACAUUAGAUGCAGAUAUGCAGCAGGUUCAGAGUGCAACAUCUGCACUCCUCCGUCUGUCCUCAGUGUCUCAUCAUCUUGUUCUCUGUCAUUCAGUCCCACCAACAGCAGCGCUGAAGGUCCGUAUGCGGUUCAGAUGGUGGUGGAGGAUUUUACCGGGCAGAACAUCACUCUGACUAAUGGCAAUAACUCACAGGAGGUGAAACCUCAGAAUGACGCCAUCAGCAAGAUCCCUGUCCAGUUUGUUUUCAGAGUGGAUCCUGCAGCUCCGUCCUGCACAGAAGGUGAAUAUCUGCCCAGGUUUCUGCCUCCAACUCCUGAACAUGGAGCUCAGAUCCUCACCAACGUUAACCAGACUCUAGAAAUCAUCGUCAGAGCAGAAGCAACCCAGGCUGAGACCACUGAGCUCCUGUUCAGCGGACCAAUAGGUUUAGCCAAGAGUUCAUCAGGAUCAGGAAACUUCAGCCUGACAUGGACACCAUCAGCCAGGGAUGCAGGACUGAAACAAACUCUCUGCUUUGUUGUCCAAGCAAACUCCUCCGGCUCCGUGUACCAGUCUGACUUUCGAUGUGUCUUUGUGACGACUGGGAGCACUGCAGCAACUGUUUCCCCUCCGACUACAACGGCAACCCCAUCAACUAUGUUCAUGACAAUCCAACCUCCAUUCACAACUACACUUCCACCAACUACACCUCCACCAACUACACCUCCACCAACUACGCCUCCACCAACUACGACUGCACCAACUACGACUGCACCUCCACCAACUACGACUGCACCUCCACCAACUACAACUACACCUCCACCAACUAUGACUUCACCUCCACCAACUACGACUGCACCUCCACCAACUACAACUACACCUCCACCAACUACGACUUCACCUCCACCAACUACGACUACACCUCCACCAACUACACCUCCACCAACUACAACUGCACCUCCACCAACUACAACUACACCUCCACCAACUACACCUCCACCAACUACACCUCCACCAACUACAACUACACCUCCACCAACUACACCUCCACCAACUACAACUGCACCUCCACCAACUACGACUUCACCUCCACCAACUACACCUCCACCAACUACAACUGCACCUCCACCAACUACACCUCCACCAACUACAACUACGCCUCCACCAACUACACCUCCACCAACUACACCUCCACCAACUACAACUGCACCUCCACCAACUACACCUCCACCAACUACAACUACACCUCCACCAACUACAACUGCACCUCCACCAACUACAACUACACCUCCACCAACUACAACUGCACCUCCACCAACUACGACUGCACCUCCACCAACUACGACUGCACCUCCACCAACUACGACUGCACCUCCACCAACUACGACUGCACCUCCACCAACUACGACUGCACCUCCACCCCCACCAACUACAACCAUAACCCCACCAAUUACGACUACACCUCCACAAACUACAACCGAUCAACCCACCACAACAACUGCACUUCCUUCAACUACGAUUGUGUUCCCACCAACUACCAACCAACCCACCGCAACAUUUGCACCAGGACCAUAUUAUGCUUUGGCUCUGAAUGUAAAGCUUUACACUUCACUAUUACUGGAGAAUGACUCUGCAACCAUCAUAAAGCUGAUCAAAGAUGAGCUGAAAAGACGAGGGCUGCCUCCAGAUAUAAUGUUAAAGCUGUUAAGUGAUGGUGUGGUGAAGGCGACAGCCUGAGUCUGAGCCUCGAUGUGGCUAGAAAUAUGUUUCCUUCAGUUUUUCUUCACAUUCAGGGGGUUAUACUUAUUUUGGUGAACCAUAAUGAAAAGUUAUUAUCCAGAAUACUCUAAUGCAUAAUAUUUCCAGCUGUUUAUCAAUUAUAAAAUUGUAUAGUAACACUGUUUUUUUUUUUCCUAGUAAUAGAAUAAAGCCUUUAAAAAGACAGCUUUUGGAGAAAAUUCAGUUUCCAGAAGAACUUGGUAACAAAACCAAAGAUCCUUCAUUUAGGAUCCCAGACUAGCUUCUCGAUGUUAAAAUCAAGGUUUUCUGCAUUCCUUGCAUUUUACGCUGGAAACGGUUCUUGAUGAUAUUUUGCUGACGGCUUUAUCUUUCUGUUUUUGUGCAGAAUAAAUUUCUGUUAAAAGUAUUUCAUGCAGAUACAGUCUGUCAUGGUUAAAAAACGUGAAAAGCAGAAAAGGCGAAAGUGAAAAGUUGUGGUUAUGAACAAAACUUGGCAUGAGAGGAAUGCUCCAAAUGAAAGUAAAUGUACUCUUGUUCUGUUAUGAAAUGCUGACGAGUUUUAUUCAACUCAGAAGUUUACAUACACUCACCAUCAACAUGAAGGUAAAAAAUUAGAAGCCUUAACCAAUUAUUUGAUGUAUUCCCUCUUGCAUUAUUGUGUUUUAUGCACCAGCAGGGCCAUGUGAGAAUAAAAACAGAGAAAAUGGGAAAACAGAUUUUUUUUGUUGUUGUUUUUGUUCUCCCUAUGUAAAUAAAGUUUAUGACCAAAA